AUGAUGGGCGAUGAUGGUCAAGCUGGAUCCGGGGCGUUGGCUGGUCCAGAGGACUACUUCACUCAACGACAGAAACCAGAUGACAAGACGUUUCCACAAUUUAGUGAACUAGGAGAUCUCAAGCUGGAAGUCCUGCAGUUCGUGGCGGAAGCGCCCUUUGAGGGUCAAAGUCUGAAUUAUGUUUCCACUUUGACUCACUCUCUGCCACUAGUGUCAAAGGAGCUCAAGAGUUUGUCAGAAACAGAUUCUUUAUGGAAAGACUCCCUGUUUCGACAAGUUACAAGAGAUCCAGAAGUAUGGGGUGAAGGAGUCAAGAAAAUGUUUCUGAGCGCAGGAGGAGAAGACCAAGAAGGCGAAGCUUGGCCAAAUUUGCUCGAGCGAGUUCUCCAAACUCUGCAACUAGAGAGCUACCGUGACCUCUACCGGCAGGUGCUGAACUCUCAGGUCAGGACAAUUCUGCCAAUGUUUGUCAUGUUUCAACCAAUGAGGAAUCAACCUUAUGGAUUGCACUUCUUUGAGCCAAGGUAUAGGUUGUUGAUUGCCGAUGUGAUGGCUCCGUACCCGUUGUCAAGUAGACAAGGCGGUCCAAUCGUGGUGGCUGAAGGUCAAAAUCCGCCUGUCUUUAUCCACGGCAAUACACAUCCCCUCAUGAGAGGGUCUCCUGCUUGGUUGGUUCAAGUGGUCCGUUGCCGGAUCUACGAAGAUGGAAGGGCCGAUGUGUUCUCACUUCCUCUUCGCCCAUUAAUCAUUGAGAGCAUAUGGGAGCUCCCCAACAGUGGGCACCUUUACGCUGCCCAGUGCAUCAAAGCUAGUCCACGAGAGGCAGAAGCAAUGCCGAGUUCUUAG